CACUGAACGACAACGACUGAACCCUUACCAUCUUCACCGCACUCUUCCAGCUAGAAAGCGUAAACAGAAACCCUAACCAUCGGCGGAAUCCGUAUCCAUUGACCGGCGCAGUGGGCAAGGGCAAUUCAGGCGUGCCGUUUGCGAAAUCUGAAGUGAAGGUGAGGGUGAAGGAGCCAAUGGGGAAAGACGAGGACGAAAUGAGGGGAGAGAUCGAGGAAAGGCUGAUUAACGAGGAGUACAAGAUUUGGAAGAAGAACACUCCUUUCCUCUACGACCUAGUUAUCACUCACGCCCUCGAGUGGCCGUCGCUUACUGUGGAGUGGUUGCCGGACCGCGAUGAGCCUCCCGGUAAGGACUACUCCGUCCAAAAGAUGAUCCUUGGCACCCACACCUCCGAGAACGAGCCUAAUUAUCUCAUGCUCGCUCAAGUUCAGCUUCCUUUAGACGAUGCCGAGAAUGACGCCCGCCACUACGACGACGACCGCUCCGACUCCGGCGGAUUUGGAGCUGCCAACGGCAAGGUUCAAAUCAUUCAGCAGAUUAAUCACGAUGGAGAGGUUAACAGGGCUCGUUAUAUGCCUCAAAACCCUUUUAUAAUUGCCACCAAGACCGUCAGCGCCGAAGUCUAUGUGUUUGACUACAGCAAGCACCCUUCUAAACCUCCUCUGGAUGGCGCUUGCAGUCCUGAUUUGAGGUUGAGAGGCCACAGCACUGAAGGUUAUGGUCUCUCCUGGAGUAAGUUCAAGGAAGGUCAUUUGCUUAGUGGUUCUGAUGAUGCCCAGAUUUGCUUGUGGGACAUCAAUGCUGCUCCUAAAAAUAAGUCUCUUGAUGCCACCCAGAUUUUCAAGGUGCAUGAAGGCGUUGUAGAAGAUGUGGCAUGGCAUCUGAGGCAUGAAUACUUAUUUGGUUCUGUGGGGGAUGAUCAAUACUUGCUUAUAUGGGAUCUUCGAACUCCAGCAGUAACCAAGCCUGUCCAAUCUGUUGUUGCUCAUCAAAGUGAGGUUAACUGCUUGGCUUUCAAUCCUUUCAAUGAGUGGGUUGUGGCGACUGGAUCCACUGAUAAGACAGUCAAAUUAUUUGACUUGCGCAAGAUCAAUACUGCACUUCAUACAUUUGAUUGUCACAAGGAAGAGGUUUUCCAAGUAGGCUGGAAUCCUAAGAAUGAGACAAUCUUGGCUUCUUGUUGCCUUGGAAGGAGGCUCCUGGUUUGGGAUCUUAGCAGGAUUGAUGAGGAGCAGACACCUGAAGAUGCUGAAGAUGGUCCACCGGAGUUGCUCUUCAUUCAUGGUGGGCACACCAGUAAAAUAUCUGAUUUCUCCUGGAAUCCUUGUGAGGACUGGGUUGUGGCAAGCGUUGCAGAAGAUAACAUCCUUCAGAUAUGGCAAAUGGCAGAAAACAUCUACCAUGAUGAAGAUGAUCUACCUGUAGAUGAUCCGACCAAAGGUUCUUAGCUUGCAUCAUUUAUCAAUCAAAAUGAUGGGCGUGG